AAGAGUUAACGGUUAAACGAAUACACACGCGUUACAAAUGAUAAGCGGCUUUAAACAGUUGUAAAUUGUUUCAGACAUAAUAAUAAUAAUCAAAAUAUGAUUAUGGAUGUGGUAGCUGAUACCUCAAAGAUUCAAUCAGUUACAGAUCAAAAAUGCAAUGAACUAUUUCAGGUCAAAAGAUGUUUUCUUUUUAUUCUCAUUUGUACAACCAUCGGCGAAAUGGGUACUCUACUUGGACUGGUUGGACACUGGCGAGUAUUACGGGAGGACAUUAUGAGCCCUAGACAGCAACGGAUGUGUCUGCCAUUGCACAGAUUCGCUCUGGCAGAUGACGAGGAAGCAAACGAACAAUGUCCCGGUAAACUUAAAAAGAGGUUAGACAAAAAGAAAAAAUCAAGCAUUUGCUGCGGGACUUUGAGUGAUGUGCUUGACAAACUUUCUGACAAGGGUGUCAUGGAAAAAUAUAAUAGUGUCGCAAAUCCUGAAAUGAGUUCACUGAACCUGACGAAUUAUAAAUGCGAGGCAACCAACAAGAAGCAACCAAAGGCACAUCUUGUGGAUAUUUCAGAAGAUAAAAAGCCAGUUUCAGUGGGGAUGCCAUCAAAGUUACUAUGGAAUACUGACCCACCGUCUUAUGCAAAUUCAGGGUUGAGGUAUUCAAAAGAUGAUGGAACAAUAUAUGUAGAAAAGACUGGUCAUUAUUACAUAUCGUCACAAUUGAAAACAAGAAUUGCGAAAGCGAAUGAUACAGAUGAAACUUUAGACAGCAUCUUUAGACAUUACGUGCAUUUAAUCAGAAACAAAGGGACGGAGGGAGUAAUACUUGAAGAUGCAAAAUCCCAGUGUGAAAUGGCAUCAGAUGUUUCUGAAAGUACAAGCGUCCUUGGCGCUGUGUUCCGUCUCGAGGACGGGGAUCGACUGUAUGUGUCUACUUCUCAUCCUCAAAAUAUUAUUUCUGACAAACACAAUAAUUACUUCAGUGUGUUCAGCCUUUUAGAUUUUAAGUGAUACAUUAUGUUUUUGACUAAAUCAAUUCUUCAUGUGAUCUCAUCAGGUAAAUGUUACUACUGACAAUAUUCCUUAUAUACUUCGGUACAUUCACAAUUGUCAGUCAUAGAAUAGUAAAUAAAAUGUUUCAGAUACUCACGAUCGAUACAAAUAUUUUACAUACAAGUGAUUUAGUUACAAUUACAUUGCUAAGGAAUACAUGAAAUACCUUUGCAAAUUACUUUUUUUCAUUACAUUAUCAUUACGGUAACCAAGGUACAAGUUUAUUCAAUUUCCAUUACACAUGUCAUAAUUUCAUUGUACAUUACAUUACACAUUUCAUUCAGUCAACCGCCUCGGUAGCCUUGUGUAGCCUAGAGCGUCCGCUUUGAGUGCGGGAGGUCGUGCGUUCGAUUCCCGGGGAAAAUGGUAUUAGUUGCCUCCGCGUUUGGCGCUCAGCACUAAGAGGGUAGUGCGAGGACUGGUCACCCGGUCUCAGUGUAAUGUGACUUGGUGGGGUAUCAAAUCACUUGCCCCUCAUCGAUGUGGGUUCGAGCCUCACUAGGGGCGUUGAAUUCUUCAUGUGAGGAAGCCAUCCAGCUGGCUUACGGAAGGUCGGUGGUUCUACCCAGGUGCCCGCUCGUGAUGAAAUAAUGCCCGGAGGGGCACCUGGGGUCUUCCUCCACCAUUAAAGCUGGAAAGUCGCCAUAUGACCUAUCAUGUGUCGGUGCGACGUUAAAUCCAACAACAACAAAAAAUGUCACGUGUCCGCUUUGAGUGCGGGAGGCCGUGGGUUCUAUGCAUGGUGAAAAUGGUACAAUUAGCUUCCUCGCUUGGCGCUCAGCAUUAAGAGGUUCAAUUUUGAAUGGCCGCUGGUUGUGUGUUUCUAAUUACCUACUUUUUACUCUAAAUAACUUAAUGCACACACUAUCUACAUUUAUUUUAACAAACAUGCUUCAUUAAGAUCAGUUACAAGAUUGUUAACACGGUUUUUCUACACAUUUACCUAGUGAAAUAGUUCUUAAAUGUGUAAAGUUGCCUCAGCAGUUUUAGCAAUAUAUGUUACGAUUUGACAUAAUGACUUAGUUGUUACAUAUAACUGAUGCAGUUUGAACCUCACUUUAAUUUUACAAGGUAAGGCUUUCUGAUUAAUGUGGCAUCUGAGGUAUUAAUUGCAAAUUUAAUGAGAGACUUUUAAAUAAGCUUACAGCUUCCUACUCAAUCCUGUAUGACAUUGUGAUAUAUGUACAUCUUGUAAAUGAAUUGUGAUUAAUAAAGUGUUGUUUAAAUCAACAGCAUUUUUUUUUUACGAUUUGAUCUAGCGAUCUACUUUUAGACCCAAGAUAAACAAAUUACGAGGGUCCUGCAAAAGGUUCUUUCACUAAUUGGCUUCCGUAAUUUUAUCCCAUGUAUUUUUUAAAAGCUUCAUUGCACUUGAAUGGCGUGUCCAAUAGCUAACGAUAUCCGUUUAUAUUUUGCAAAUUGAUUCUCAAAUGACCAAGCUAUUUCAAAUUGAAAUGCAUGCAGUCAUAUACACUGACCAAUUUACUUGUCACAUUGUAAAAUGGACGAAAAGACUGAAAUACGUAGCGAUUUCAAUGCGCACAGUUUUUAGGUGGGUUAAAGCUUUUAAAGCUGGAAAAUUAUCUGCCGAGGAUAUUACUUGUUCUGCUAGGCUCAAAACCCUCUGUUACUAAGGCAAACAUCGCUGCAGUAAAAGCUGUGGUCGAACAGGAUGCGCGAUUGCCGGUGAAAAUAUAGCCAGUCGUACUGGCAUAUCAGAAGGCAGUGUGCAAACAAUUCUGAAAAAGCGUUUGGACUAGAGAUAGGUUUGCGCUAGGUGGGUACCUCAUUUGCUCACUGAGGACCAAAAGAAACAACGCCUUAAAUGUGGCCGGAAACUUUUGAAAACAUAGGAAGGCUGUGAUAGUCAGGUUAAAAUAAAAUACGUCCCUGCAUUGCCAGGAGAAGCAUAAGUUCGAGAACGAUGUUGCAAGCAAUUGUCUUCAAUUCUAGCGGGUCAGACGCUCAAAUGACUUGUGCAUCUGGCCAUACAGUCACUGGACGAUUCUAUUAGAACUCUUUAAUGAAGAAAGUGAAAAAGUUUUACAAUAAGAAACGUCCAAGUAAAGUAAGGAAAGUAUGGUCAGCAGUCAGUCUUAUGUACACGACAACCAUUCCUCUCACAAGUCUUUUUUUUUUUGGCUUCUGAAAAGAUGGGGGUUGUAACUAUCCGCCUUAUUUACCUGAAAUAAGUCCCUGCGACAUUUUUUAUUUCCAGGACUUAAGAAAAUCUCUUCUGGUAAGAAAAAUAAGUCCAGAAGUUCUUGGCAGCGCCAUUUAUCAGUGUCUCUAACAGAUACCAAAAGAAGACUAUUUACCUGCUUCUCGUGAUUGGAUAAACUGGUUACAAAAACUUCGUUCCGUAAAGGGGGAAUACUUUGAAGGUUUUUAAUAAAGAUAAGUUUAAAAAAAAAACGUAGCACUUAGGAAAUCCGAACCAAAUGACAGAACUUUAUGCAGGACCCUCGUACUGUCUUGGCUUAGAUUUGUAACUAAUAACAUAGUAUUUUGACCAUUUGUCUUAUAGAGUGUUACAGUGUUUACCUUGAGUUUUACUAACGCCCUAGGUUUCAACAUACAGCAAAGUUCAAAAAUUUACUAAAUUUCAUAUAAGCAUUCAGACAAAGUAAAACGAAGAUCAAAUGAAAUGUGUGGCCUAACGACUCCGAAAUAAAUGAAUAGUCUGAAAGUCUUGUGAUAAAAAAUUGUUAGCAUAAGAUAUUUGCAAGAUAUUCUUAUGAAUAACCACAUAUUGUGCAGAAGAUAGUAAAACGUUGCAACACUUUUGGAGUAAUGCAGAAAAGAUGCACACUCUCCUGAAUUCUUAUCAGUAUCUUACUUUUAUGUUCAACCAAUUUAUCAUUUUUCAGUGUCAUAGAUACAUUCUAAGCCAAACUUGAUGGAUAUGAGCAUGUUGAACAAUUUCACCCAAACUAUGGGAGAGUUGCUUUAAAUGAUAAUGUAUUCUUUUCCUUUUUAAUAAUUGAAAGAUGAGUGUUGAAUCACUUGAGGCACAGAGCGGGUGUCACAAAUAGAAACUGUAGAGGGAAGAUAUGCGGACGGGUUGCUUCAAAUACCGAUCACCAAACACGAAAUUUAAAAAAAAAAACGAUGGAUUGAAAACAAGUGAGGGAUGGUAGUGACGGGGAGUUGAGCACUUUUGGUCAUAACGAUCUCCGAUGUGCAGAAGUAAUAGCUCGGCGGCACUUGCUACCCUAAACCUCCAGGUAAUACAACCGAUGUGUUCUCUUUAUUGCCAUAAAGUGAAAUGUAACAUUUUGAAAAAAGAACUGAACUAAAGCUAAGAAAUAGAUCUUAAAGUCCUUAAUGACUAAAAGUAUUUUACAAACUGACGUUUUAUAACAAUUUCCGUUAAAUUAGAUGUAGUACUUAUUUUAGGUAUUGAUCGUAGAAUAAAACAACACAUUUUCCCUCAAGUAUAUCUGAUACAAUUUACAGUACAAGGGAGGCUACAACUGAAUAAAUUGAAAACUGUUCUUACUAUAGAAUAUAUUCGUUUGAUUAUUAGUUACAUUUGUACCACUGACGCUGAUGAAAACCAUUCAGUAUUUACGCAGUAUUUAAAAAUGUCACUAAUCCAUUGCUGCUGUAAACAAAAUGUCACGUUAAAGCGAAACUUGUGUUGUUUUUUUUUUUGUUUUUUUUUUUUUAUAUUCAUAAUCAUUUUUUUAUAUUCAUAAUCAUUUUCAAAUACAGUAACUAUACAUCAUAGAAAAUUUGUUCAUGACUUAUUCUAAAUGGAUCACAAAACCAGUAAUGCUUACUGUCAGAAAUGCUCAUGUAUAUUUACCAAACCGAUCUGGAAACGAAGGAUCCCGCAUAUAAUCAAUUUUAUAAAUGGUAAUUGGACAGUUGUUUGUAAGAUUAAAGAUUUAGUAACAUUUUCAGUAAGAGUUAAUCUAAUAUUUUACAAUUUAUCUGAAAUCAAAAUGCAGUUGAUAAAUUGCACAUUAUGAUGUAACAUUUGAACUUAAAGUUUUCUUUGCUUAUCAUUUAUUAUGGCGUUCUUUCAGCAUACAGAAAUUAUAUUUCGUUCUUUUGUUAACAAGAUAAAACACUGCUUUAUAUGAAUUGUCUUAUUUGAUAAUUUCCAUUACAAGAUAAAUAAGGUUAUUGCUUACAGCCUCUGUUUUCAUGAUUAGCAAACAAAAUAUGGUUACUACCUAUAUAUCUACCGUAUUUAACUUUCAUAAUUUUCCGGUUUCAACUCGAUUCUGGUAGUCCUCAUUCUACGACCAUCGCCAAUUUGGUUUCUCUUUUGGCAUUCUACGGGCAAUGGUGUCUUACGUAAAAGAAAGGCAACUAAACAACAUUAGACACGUUUCUAAUGGGACAAAUUCAUCUCAGUCGUAAAUAAAGAUGGAAAGAAACAUUUUCAAAACUAAAUUAAAAGGGAAUACAACAAUGAAGAGAACUCAACAACUUGCUGAUGAACUAGCACUUUUGGUCAUAACGAUCUCCGAUGUGCAGUAGUAAUAGCUCGGCGGCACUUGCUACCCUAAAUCUCCAGAUUUACAUGAAGGUCUGUGUAAAGAAGGAAGUUUUAUUUCACGAUAGGUUAGAGGGAAUAAUUAAUUGAUAGUAAGAUACUAAUGUGCAGCAUAUCUUUCAUCUAAAACUCAUCCAAAAUCACAAGUAAUAUCAAACCAUAAACCAUCGGCCGAGAGAUUCAUUUUAAGGUAAACUGCCAUAUGUUCAUUUUAAGACCAGGUUUAUUGAAGCCGUUAUUUUGAUAACGCAUUCUUCCAUUUUUUUCUAUUUAAGGCUCUUAAGGUGUUAGGUUUUUGCACCUAUUUUUAUCACGUUGCUACGGUUUCUUCUAGGUAGGUUGAGUAGCCUGGAAAGACUAGUACUCUAUCACUUUUACUAACCACCAAGCAUGGCCAUUAUAUUUUGUCAAGAAUGUUUGCCAUUACUAUAAAUGAUGAUGAUGAUGAUGAUGAAUGUAAUUUCCUCUGUCUAGUUUAAAUUUAAACGUGUGGCAUUUCGAAAAUGAAAAAUGUUGUAUAGCCAUUUGAUCUUUUGGUGCUACGCAUGCGCACGGUGAUGCGUUUUCUUCAAACAGUUUAUUGAAUUUAAAUAUUAGUGGAUAUAUUUUGUCUUUAGCAUGUAUCUGUUUACAAACACGUUUCAGUUUUGAAAUUUUAUUAUUAUACUUCCUGAUCCUCCGGUCAAUAUAUCUGUCUGCAUUUGCGAACAGCAGUGUAUCAUAAAUAAGAUACAAGUGUAGGCGCCAGUAUCGUUGCCAGGAUAGGGCACGCUAUUACAAUGUUAAUUGAAAAAGACCAGAUAAAAUUAAAGCCCCAUGUUCAUGAUGCUAAUUUUUUUGGCGCUCUUAAAUGUAUACUUAUCUAUCUGCUCAUAGGGGACUUACAUUGGACACAUGCAUGAUAAAAAUAAUGGUAUAAAGUAAGAUUAUAUUGCGGGUGAAUAUUUUUAUCUGAAAAAAUAAAAGAUGGAGAUGACAGUUUAACAAAUCUGCAACCGAUAUGGAAUGAUUCCGGAAUAACAGUUCUGUCAAAAUAAAUAGUUUAACUACUUCAGAAAGUAAAAUAUUGUACAUAUAUAUGUUGAUAGAGAAAAUUGUUUGCUUUUACGAGCCAAAAUAAAAUUACAGACAAAAUACUAAAUGAAAAACUUACAAAUGAAAGUAUUUCACUGUGUGUAGCAUUAAAACAGCUUAUUCAUUUAUGAAAAUAACUCUUGUCACACUACCUUGGCAACUAUACAUGUCUCUUCCCGAGUUACUCCCACAAAUGACUUUAAUUUGAAUGGAAAAAUGCCAAGUCAUACGUAAUGUUGGAGACUUCUUAACUUUCCACUGACUCAUAUCAUAUCAUGUUACUUGUGUCAUUUCCUUCUUAGUAAUUUAAAGCAUGUAGUAUUCCUGUCUGAUAAAUAGUGGCUUUGUUUAAUUUAAAAAUAGUUGUGACAUUACAUGUGUAGAUUUAAACUAGUGUGCGUUUAAUCGUGUAUCUGUAACAUAAACUUAGCUAGAUUAGUUUCACAUGUUUUCAUAUAAACAAUGCACGUUUUUCACCAAGCAAAAUGUACGCUUGCAUAAAGGCAGAACCAAAUUACAUUUAGUUAAACAUUUUCAGUUUUUUUUACUAUUUCUCGUUCUCAGAGGCAAUAUAUAUUUAAACAAAGACGUCAUUUUUUUCAACAUUUUUCAGUUAUUUAACGGCGGGAAGUUUACCUAACCGGUAUUCUUGGAUUCUGUACCAGUGCAAACCUGUCCUCCGCAAGUAACUGACAACUUUCCCACAUGAAUCAAAGGUGGAGGAUGAAUGAUGUCAGACGGUGUAUUUUAUCAAAUCAUCACGGAAAGAAGCGGAUUACUUAUCUUUUAUAACAGCACAGAUAUACACACACACACACACACACACACACACACACACACACACACACACAGGCACACCCCCGCAGGCACAUAUGCAGACACACACAUGCGCGUACGUGCGCACACUCACAUGUAUACACGCGCGCGCGCACCAAUCAAACUAAUUAUAGACACAGUUUAAUUGAACAUGUUGAUGUGAGAGAAAGCCUACACCAACGGAAAUAUUUUGACGAAUUAGAUCUUAACGACCAGAAAUAAUAAUCACUAAAUGAUCUUACUCUGGUGUACUGUAGAUUGAUCCCACUUUCAAUAAAAUUGCAACAUGUUCAAAUUAUUGACUCAAAUACCAUAUGACACCGGAUGUUUAUUUCAUGUCUUUUCAUUAGGACCUCACCCCCCCCCCCCCCACCCAACAACAACAAAAACACACACACACACACACACGAAAAAGAAAAAUCAGCACUCAACAUUCAACAAUAACUUAACAAUGUCCGACCUGGCAUUUUCACCAAUAUUUUCGGGCGUUUUCUUUAUUUACGCCAUAUAUUGUGACAUUUAUUAAAAUAACCUUUUUAGUUAAACGCAGGCAUGGGUUCGAAUCCAGUUCAGACCAUUAUAUUUUACUUUUUGAUCUGUAUCGAUAUUACAUUUAUUCUUGCAUUAUAUUCUGAAAGGUAUCAUUUUUCUUGUGUACUGGCGCCAAUUCCGUUUAUUUAAUGAACAUUUGUCCAUUCCUGAAGAUUUUUGUAGAACGGUUUACUAAAUGUACAUAGAAAACUGUUGAAUAGUAGAGUAUUUCUAAACAAAUGAACGAUACAUCAUGAUCAGUGUGACAAUUUUCCCGUUUGUUGGUUGCAGGUUUAUCCCGCUACCAAAGUUAAAGUGUAUUUCUGUCAAUCAAAGCAUCUUUAUUUGAUUCCAAAUCACAUCCAAAGGAAGUUCAUGUGCUACACAAAAUAGUCCCAUUCAUGAACAAUGCGGAUGAAUUAUUAAUGAAGCAGUUCUUAUUCAACCUUUAUCCACUUGCAUUGACCAUUUAGAUUAUAUAAGAUUUAUCAAUUAUAAGGCAUUCCAGCCCAUGGUUACAUCACGAGCUGUGUCAGGCAGAGUUCAUCUUAGAUAUGCGGCACAUUAAAUUUGUAUUUGUUUCUCAUUCAUGUAUAUUCAUAGAGUGGCAUUUAAACAGAAAAUAAAUUUACCAAAAACCCGCAACCAUCAGACAUUUCAAGGCUUUGAUUUAGUUUACAGGGGAUAUCCCGAGUUUAGUAACUGUUUAUCAUUAGCUAUAUCGUUAUAAGGGUUGGAACACCGAAUAUUGAUUUACGGAAACAUUCCAAAUAUUCUUUAGUGCCAAUACUUAUAGACAAUACAUUUAUAAAUAUAUAUUUUGUCAUUAUUAUUCAAUAAAUUAAAUGUCAAACACGCUUUGGGUUUGAAAUUAUAACUACGUACAUAUACUUAUUGUUAAUAGGUGUUCGUACCGGAAAAUCGCUAUGAAGUUACAGUCAAUGAAUUUCAUCCUUAAGGCAUUAAUCGCUUGCUCAACACUUUGUUUGAGUAUUCUGCUCGUUCUUUCUUUGUGUUGGCGUUCAAAGAGGACAGCGCAGCUACACAAUGUAGAACCUCAGUAUUGCUAUAUGGAUGAAGGUUCUGUCAUAGGCGAGAACAAAGCAAGCUGGCUAAAAGAACUGAUAAUCAAAAAUGACAAGAAUACAAAGGAGAAAAACAACUGCGAUAAAGUCAGUGCAAUGCUGGAAAGAAGUGUUAAAAAGAUAAUAGGAGAAAAAUACAACAGUGAUACUAACCCAGAGUAUGUUUCGCUCAGUCUUAAACAGUUUAAUUGUACAUAUUCGAAUAGAGAAGAAGCACAACUGCACCUGAAGCAAAUUACUUCUCAUGCUAAGCCAGUUCCAGGAAAAGCAACGAAAGUUUUUUGGAAGUCAGGUGUAAGUUCAGGGAAUGGAAUACAACAUUUACAGACAGAAGGCGCAAUUUAUGUACGCAAAUCAGGGAAGUAUUACAUAUCUUCUCAACUGACCACAAGAGCAGAAAAUGACACCGUUAUAGACGAAACAGAUCAGACGAUUAACCAUGUUUUAAACAUUAUCUCGUACAACGAAGGCUGUGAGCGAAUUCUCCUAGAACACGUAAAAUCAAUGUGCGAAAUGGCUGUUGGACAUGCAGGUUGGACAAGUCACAUAGGAGCUGUAUUUCAUCUUGAAGAACAUGAUCGAAUUUAUGUUGCUACUUCACGCCCCUACAACCUUGUGUCUGGUCCCGGAAGUAAUCAUUUUAGUAUUCAUAAAAUAUAAUGAAAGGGUCAUUAUAACAGUAGCUUGAUUUGGGAUGCUGUAUUCGGCUCGAGUGGAUUUUUGUCAAGUCGGAUCUCACGAGGCGCGCAAGCGCCGAAUGUGAUUCGACCAAGCAAAAUCUUCGAGAGCCGAAUACAAAAUCCCAGAUCUAGCUUCUGUUAUAAUGACCCUUUCAUUAUAUACUUUACCUUUAUGUGAGUUGUUAUUGAACGAAAUCUUUAAUGUUUAUUGAUAUUAAAAUGGAACUAUGUGAAGUUUUUAUGUGCGCUAUUUAUAGAAAUGUGCCAGGUCAUGCAUAUUAAUGAAAGUAGUCCGGCAGCAUACAAUACGGAAGGUACAAUACAGAAUUUUAAAGGUACAAUACGGAUUUUUUUUCUGCCUGUUCAUAUUUAAUUGUGAAAUACAAGCCGAAUUUUACAGAACUUAUAUAGGAAUAUAGUAAAACGUAAGAAUAAAAGGAGAUACAGUA